GUUGGCUGCAUUCGUGGUGGGAGCCUCUGCGAUUGGCAUAAGGGUUCUCAUUGCAAAGAUGCGUGCCCCCCUCACAGCCAAGGAAUACGGUCCCUGGUCAUCAGAUGAUAUGUGUAACAUUAUUCGUGCUGCAGCUGCAAUUGAGGCAUUUUUUUGCUGGUCCAGACGAUGCUCUACUGGUUGAUGAAGAGUAAUGGAACGGUAAGGGUGGGCAAGUACUGCCGUUGAGCAUCGGAGAGAGACGGCGUGGGGGUGGGGAUGGCGACGAUCUGGGUUCCUGAGCACACGACACGGAAAUGGGGAUUGUUGAGGUACCCGAGUGCGAGUCUGUGUGGGCAGUCUUCGUUGAAUUCUGAGAGACCAUGUACCUACAUGUCUAUGUACACGAUGGCUCAGGCUUACCAGGUGACUCGAGGAACCCCAGACCAUUUGCGCUUAGAUGCGCCCAUUCAAACAUACACAUCCCGCCGGAGCAUAACCAGAGUGGCGAAAGUCGACAUUGAACUCGGGCGGUUGGGACAUGACGGCCACUGAUGCUGGAGACGGGCGCAAUCCAUCCAAACAUAGAUACACAUUCAUGACAAGCGAACAACCCGUCACCGUUGACGACUUCUCGCACUACCGGAAAUCAUCACUAUAUGGCGAACGAACAUUCCCGUCUUCGUCCAGUCUACCAUGCAACGUCGUAUUCCGAACCCCUCAUUCCAUUUCGCCUUCUUUUUCGUCCUGCGCCGUAACAUGGCUAGCUGCAAGAUAUUUUUCCGUCCAUCUGUUUCCCUCGCCUGUGCCACUGGCGUCCAGCGGACCGCCACCCCAUCUACCGCGAUACAUAGCCGUAUCCGACUCUCAACAUCUGCUUAUCCUUCAUCAUGACGGUUUACCUGUUGCGGAUCCUACCGACGAGUACAAGGUUGAUGACGAGCUAGACACGAGGCGGUCUAGUCUCCGCAGCUACAACAUCACAUGGUCUUGUAUGAACGGAAAAGAGGGGUUGCGUUGGGCACCAUCAGCGGCGGAUAUUUUUGUCCAUCAUGGAUGCGCGCGCGUGCAGGAGGGUGGAAGCAUUGCGGGUAGCGAUGAUGAUGCGGACGGGGGGAGCGAGCUGAUGUCGGAGUCAAGACUGAGUAUCAUGCGAGUCAACUGGGCCAGAGAUUGUGCAGUGCAGAGGCGAGAGGUGGCAGCAAGGUCGGCAACGUGGUGGUUCAGCACAGCAAGGCGGGGAAAAUGGCCAGGUUGCUCUCUCUGA